GGAAAGGAUGUGUCUGCGCGCCGUUUGCGCAGGCGCUUCGGCCCUGGCCUCUGACUAUCGCGAGAAUCGGCUCCCGGAAGUUCCACGUCAGUCAGUCUGACGGUCAGAGGCUCGGUGGGUUUCUCUCAGGGCCUGCGUAGCCAGUAACAAACGAGGUGCCAGGGAUCGAACCGACACAGCCAUGCCUCUGCGACUUGAUAUCAAAAGAAAGCUAACUGCUAGAUCUGAUCGAGUUAAGAGUGUGGAUUUGCAUCCUACAGAGCCAUGGAUGUUGGCAAGUCUUUACAAUGGCAGUGUGUGUGUUUGGAAUCAUGAAACACAGACACUGGUGAAGACAUUUGAAGUAUGUGAUCUUCCUGUUCGAGCUGCAAAGUUUGUUGCAAGGAAGAAUUGGGUUGUGACAGGAGCGGAUGACAUGCAGAUUAGAGUGUUCAAUUACAAUACUCUGGAGAGAGUUCAUAUGUUUGAAGCACACUCAGACUACAUUCGCUGUAUUGCUGUUCAUCCAACCCAGCCUUUCAUUCUAACUAGCAGUGAUGACAUGCUUAUUAAGCUCUGGGACUGGGAUAAAAAAUGGUCUUGCUCACAAGUGUUUGAAGGACACACCCAUUAUGUUAUGCAGAUUGUGAUCAACCCCAAAGAUAACAAUCAGUUUGCCAGUGCCUCUUUGGACAGAACUAUCAAGGUGUGGCAGUUGGGCUCUUCGUCACCAAACUUCACUUUGGAAGGACAUGAGAAGGGCGUGAAUUGUAUUGAUUACUACAGUGGUGGGGACAAACCAUACCUCAUUUCAGGUGCAGAUGACCGUCUUGUUAAAAUAUGGGAUUAUCAGAAUAAAACAUGUGUGCAGACACUGGAAGGACAUGCCCAAAAUGUGUCCUGUGCCAGCUUUCAUCCUGAGUUGCCAAUCAUUAUCACAGGUUCAGAAGAUGGAACAGUACGUAUUUGGCAUUCAAGCACCUACCGGCUUGAGAGCACACUGAAUUAUGGAAUGGAGAGGGUAUGGUGCGUGGCCAGUCUAAGAGGGUCAAACAAUGUCGCUUUGGGCUAUGAUGAAGGGAGCAUCAUUGUUAAGCUUGGUCGGGAGGAACCUGCCAUGUCCAUGGAUGCCAAUGGAAAGAUAAUUUGGGCCAAGCAUUCAGAAGUCCAGCAGGCCAACCUAAAAGCAAUGGGAGAUGCUGAAAUUAAAGAUGGAGAAAGAUUGCCACUGGCAGUAAAGGAUAUGGGCAGUUGUGAAAUAUACCCUCAGACUAUUCAGCACAAUCCUAAUGGGCGGUUUGUGGUGGUGUGUGGUGAUGGGGAGUAUAUCAUCUACACAGCAAUGGCAUUGAGAAACAAGAGCUUUGGAUCUGCUCAGGAGUUUGCAUGGGCCCACGAUUCUUCAGAGUAUGCAAUAAGAGAGAGCAACAGUGUUGUAAAGAUAUUUAAGAACUUUAAGGAAAAAAAAUCGUUUAAACCAGAUUUUGGAGCAGAAAGUAUCUACGGCGGCUUCUUAUUGGGAGUCAGAUCUGUAAAUGGCUUAGCUUUCUAUGACUGGGACAAUACAGAACUCAUACGAAGAAUUGAAAUUCAGCCCAAACAUAUUUUCUGGUCUGACUCUGGAGAGCUAGUCUGUAUUGCUACUGAGGAAUCAUUUUUUAUCCUUAAGUAUCUGUCAGAAAAAGUCUUGGCUGCACAGGAAACACAUGAGGGAGUUACUGAAGAUGGCAUUGAAGAUGCCUUUGAGGUUCUUGGUGAGAUUCAGGAAAUUGUGAAAACGGGGCUUUGGGUAGGCGAUUGCUUCAUUUACACAAGUUCUGUGAACAGAUUAAAUUAUUAUGUUGGAGGAGAAAUAGUCACCAUUGCCCACUUGGACAGGACGAUGUAUCUCCUAGGCUACAUUCCUAAAGACAACAGGCUUUAUCUGGGGGAUAAAGAAUUGAACAUCGUUAGCUAUUCCCUGCUGGUUUCAGUCCUGGAAUACCAGACAGCUGUCAUGCGGAGGGACUUUAGCAUGGCUGAUAAGGUCCUUCCUACCAUUCCAAAAGAACAGAGGACCAGAGUUGCACACUUUUUGGAAAAACAGGGCUUCAAGCAGCAAGCUCUUACAGUAUCCACAGAUCCUGAGCAUCGUUUUGAGCUUGCUCUUCAACUUGGAGAGUUACAAAUUGCAUACCAGUUAGCAGUAGAAGCAGAGUCAGAACAGAAGUGGAAACAACUUGCUGAACUUGCCAUUAGUAAAUGUCAGUUUGGCCUAGCCCAGGAGUGCCUGCACCAUGCACAGGAUUAUGGGGGCCUGCUGCUUUUGGCCACUGCCUCUGGAAAUGCUAAUAUGGUGAACAAGCUAGCAGAGGGUGCGGAGAGAGAUGGCAAAAAUAAUGUGGCAUUCAUGAGCUACUUUUUACAGGGCAAGGUUGAUGCCUGCCUAGAGCUCUUGAUUAGAACUGGACGGCUGCCAGAAGCUGCGUUCCUGGCCCGAACUUACUUACCCAGUCAGGUUUCAAGGGUAGUGAAACUCUGGAGAGAGAAUCUCUCAAAAGUCAAUCAGAAAGCAGCAGAAUCCCUUGCUGAUCCAACAGAGUAUGAAAACCUAUUCCCUGGAUUAAAAGAAGCCUUUAUUGUGGAAGAAUGGGUGAAGGAAACACAUGCUGAUCUGUGGCCAGCCAAACAGUACCCACUUGUCACGCCAAAUGAAGAGAGAAAUGUCAUGGAAGAGGCAAAAGGCUUUCAGCCCUCAAGAUCUACAGCUCAACAGGAACUUGAUGGGAAACCUCCUUCUCCUACUCCAGUUAUUGUGGCCUCCCACACAGCCAACAAAGAAGAAAAGAGUUUACUCGAACUAGAAGUAGAUUUGGAUAAUUUGGAAUUAGAAGAUAUUGACACAACAGAUAUCAAUCUGGAUGAAGAUAUUUUGGAUGAUUGACUGUAAUGCUUUCCAUUUACCUGACUAAAAAGAUUAUUAUUAUAUAUAGGUAUUGAUUGCUACCCUGACCACAGUGCUUCGGACUAUGAGACAUUUCUUACAUUUUUAUAUGUAAAUACUGUGGACCACUGGGAGCAUAAUGCCCACAUCAUCUUAAGAAGAGUUUAUGUGCAGCAUUUAAAUCACUGUGUUUUCCUUGUUAACUAAAACAGACAUGGGCUUUGAUUUUUUUUCAUACUAUGAGACCGUAUCUCAUAAAACCUUUUGAAUUAAUGGAAGAUACUUUUGUUUCCUUUCUCAGUAAUGAAAAUAGACUUCUAGUUUUAGAAGGCUGAGCUGAAACUACAACUUGCCUAGGGAUCAGCCCCACUCUCUUUUCUUUGCAUAACUAAAUCUGCAUUUUCAAA